UCUCCCUUUGCGCCCACUUCUUUUCACCUUCUCGGCGCUGAGCUCAGCCUAGGGGCACACCUGAUCUCUCUCCUCCUCGUUCCCUCUUCUUCCUCCCGUCCUUUUCCUCUUCUCCCCGGAGGGGUUCUGCCGAGGAAGGCAGCCAAGAAGCGGGGAUGUGGGUCCCCCUCUGACAGUGGCCAGGUUUGGGGAGGACACGCGACCAAAUGGCCAAGUGGCUCCGGGACUACCUGAGCUUCGGAGGCCGGCGACCCCCUCCGCAGCCUCCGACCCCCGACUACUCGGAGAGCGACAUCCUGAGAGCCUAUCGAGCACAGAAGAAUCUAGACUUCGAGGACCCCUAUGAGGAUGCUGACAGCCGCCUGGAGCCGGACCCCGCGGGCACCGGGGACCCCAAGGGCCCUGGAGACACCAAGUACGAUUCUCCCAAGCACCGGCUCAUCAAGGUGGAGGCCGCAGACAUGGCCAAGGCCAAGGCCUUGCUGGGCAGCCCUGGGGAGGAGCCGGAAGCUGACACCGAAUAUUCGGACCCUUUUGAUGCCCAGCCUCAUCUGCCACCCCCAGAUGACGGUUACAUGGAGCCUUACGAUGCGCAGCGGGUCGUAAGCGAACUGCCUGGCAGGGGAGUGCAGUUGUAUGACACUCCCUAUGAGGAGGAAGACCAAGAGCCAGGGGACGAGCCCCCUUCUGGAGGACAGAAGCCUCGACAGAGCCGACUGCCCCAGGAAGAUGAGCGGCCAGCGGAUGAGUAUGACCAGCCCUGGGAGUGGAAGAAAGACCAUAUCUCCAGGGCAUUUGCAGUGCAGUUUGACAGCCCUGACUGGGAAAGGACCCCAGGCUUGGCCAAGGAGCUCCGGAGACCCCUGCCCAGAAGCCCCCAACCUGCAGAACGCGUGGACCCGACCCUGCCCCUGGAGAAACAACCGUGGUUUCACGGCCCGCUGAGCCGGGUGGAUGCUGAGAGCCUGCUGUCCCUUUGCAAGGAAGGCAGCUACCUUGUGCGACUCAGCGAGACCAGCCCCCAGGACUGCUCCCUGUCCCUCAGGAGCAGCCAGGGCUUCCUGCAUCUGAAGUUUGCGAGGACCCGCGAGAACCAGGUCGUACUGGGCCAGCACAGCGGCCCCUUCCCCAGCGUGCCUGAGCUGGUCCUCCACUACAGCUCACGCCCGCUGCCUGUGCAGGGCGCUGAGCACCUGGCCCUGCUCUACCCGGUCACCACGCAGACCCCCUGACUGGCUGCCCUUCGCCGGGGAGCCCGCUGGUGCAACAGCUGGAGGUCUUUACAGUCUAGAAAGAGAUAGACAGAUGGAUGGACAGACUCCCUACCCCGGGUGCUGAGUCUUACAUGGGGGCCACCAUCUCUGCCCCCUUCUGGGUUCUGGGGCCCAGAAUUUUGUCUC